CCACGUCAGCUGUCACUACAAAUGUCAAAAAAAAAAACGAUAGUUUUUCCAUAAAAUAGUUAAUUUCUAACUGAAUCGCCUCACACAUCUCCGCAAAAUCAAGAGAAAACCCGUUUUAAGCUUGCAAUUAAGCAAUAAAAGACGAUCCAUGCGGCUCGGAUUAAGUUCAAAGAACCCGAAACGUCGACGACGAUUUUAAAGAACCACUUGGUAGGAGAUUAAUUUUUUUUAUUGUUUACAAGGGAGAGAAAAGGGGUUUCGAUGCGUUUUCUCGCGGACGGUUGAAUUGGUGGUUUUGUCUCUCUCAAACGGGGGACGCUUGUGUGUUUGUGGGAGACACAGACGGGGCAAUGCACGUAGGCUGUCCUUGCGGGGUUGAAACGAACGGUUCGCGACGGCUUUCGAGGAGGCCCUCCAAUGGGCAGCUGUUUAACUUGUUUCAAGGAGCCAGUAACUUCGGCCCUCGACAAUUCCACACAUUGUCAUAGAGAGGAAAUGCCUGAAGCUCGUUUACAUCCAGCCCCGAGUCAUAUAGCACCUCAAUCACCAGACGAUAACAUAAUAAUAAGCAACGGUAAUCAUUUACCAAUUAUAAUACAAGAUACGGGGGGCCGUUUCACUGCCAAGAGACCUCACAUAAUAAAAUUAGCGCCUACAAUGGGGAUUGGGGAUAGUAAACCGUCCGAUGUGAAAUUAAAUAAUUUAUUUGAUAAUUAUCGAGAGAAGGAUGAAGAUAUGAUCCGAGUCGAUGGAAUAAUACAGCUGUGUAAAGACUUGCAGGUACUCCCAGAAGACUUUAAAAUAUUGGUUUUGGCCUGGAAAUUAAACGCGGAACAAAUGUGUCGAUUUACUCGCGGAGAAUUUGUAAACGGGCUAAAAUCAAUGUGUUGCGAUUCAAUUAAAGCCGUACAAAAUAAACUGCCUGAUUUAGUGAGUGAAAUUGAAGACUCUCCAGAACUAUUUAAGGACUUGUAUCGGUUUACGUUUAAUUUCGGGUUAGAUAUCCAAUCGGGACAAAGAAGUUUAUUAACAGAAAUGGCGAUAGAUCUCUGGAACUUGGUUUUCACCAUACGUAAACCACCAAUUUUAACACGAUGGAUUAAAUUUUUACAACGGCAUCCAAGCAUCAAAGGAAUCCCGCGGGAUACUUGGAACAUGUUUCUUAAUUUCUCGGAAACCGUCGGUGACGAUUUGAGUUCGUACGAUGAUAACGAAGCGUGGCCGAGCCUGUUCGAUGACUUCGUUGAGUACGAAAACGAUCAAAUGAACCAAAAUAUAUCGACGGAGAAAGAUAUUGAAGCGCGAGAUUGAUUUUAAAUUAAGUUUUAAGCUGUGUAUAAAUAUACGAUAAUUUUUUUUAAUGAAAUUGUUUCUACUGCCUAUAUUUGUUAAACUAACACUUACUGAUAACUAAGUAAAGAGAAAUGUGAGAAAUCAAGAUAAAUAAGAAUCAAAUAUAAAUAAAAGGAGAAAACGUUCGUGA